AUGUUGGAUUUCAACCUGGACGCGCAUUUAUCGUCUUUUUCUGUGGCGACGGUCGAUGACGUCAUCACCGACGGACGGUGUUGUCAUUCUUGAAAUGUGGGGCAACUGUUGUUUCUUUUGAUCUGUUUCCCUUUAACUUCCUCGUCCCGCUUCAAUCGACCAAAGCUAAACUAAAAUGGCGGACUACUGGAAGUCCCAGCCGAGGAAGUUCUGUCAGUACUGCAAGUGCUGGAUUGCAGACAACAAGCCGAGCGUCGAGUUCCACGAACGAGGGAAGAAUCACAAAGAAAAUGUGGCUGCCAAAAUUUCAGAGAUUAAAAAGAAGAGCAUAGACAAGAUGAAGCAGGAGGCACGUCAGUCUAAAGACUUUGCAGCCAUGGAGGAGGCUGCGAUGAAGGCGUACGAGGAAGAUCUGAAGAGGAUGGAAAGGGAGGCGGCAGGAUUAGGUCCGCUGGUCGAACCCCCAACAACUCCUCAACCAAAACCUGUGGUCAUAUGCCAGACCAAAAAACAGUACAAGAAAGAACUCAAGUCAAACAAGAAAUCCACAAAGCAAAGAGAAACGCAGGUUUGGGCUGAAGGGCGGUCAGAAGACGGACACACGUACUAUUACAACUCAGUAACCGGAGAAUCUCGAUGGGAAAAACCACAGGAUUUCGGACAACGUCCACCAUCUGCUCCCUGUGGCCAGACUCAGAGCUCUUCAAGCUGUCCUUGGAUGGAAGCUGUCAGCCAAGAUGGUUAUACAUACUACUACAACUCAGGGACUGGAGAGUCCAGCUGGGAGAAACCGGCAGACUUUACUCCCUCUGAAGCGUCUGGGUCCGGAUCCGGCAAAGAACAGAAUCGGCUGGAGCCUUCAGCCCCUCAACCCGAACCACUUUCAGCAGAAGAGAGCUCCGGUGAGGCCCCGGCGUCUAAGGAGGCGGGGGUCCCUGAACAGACCAGUCAGCUGUCCAACAUCCCAAAGAUCAGCUUUAGGAAGCGGAAAACCGAGGACAGGCCCUCGGACGUGGAGGAGGACAAAGAAGAUAAAGCCGGUGAUGAUGCUCCAAAAGGAGAGGCCCAAGAGAUGAAAAAAGAGGAGGAGGUCCAAAACACAACACCUGAACCAGAGAAGAAGAAAAAGGAAGAGGAGAAGAAGAAAGAGGUCGUGGUAAGGCUAGCCAAAAAGACAAAGAAGGCCAAUCCAUAUGGAGUCUGGGAAGAGAUCCAGGAAGAGGAGGAUCCCUAUGCCAACAUUGACUUACAGCUGCCCAAGGUGGAGUGGAGUGCUGCCUCCGCUCCGGCCGAACUGCAUCCGGAGCCCAAGCCCAAGUUCGGAGAACGCGUCAUCACCUCCCUCGGAGACGAAGGCGGCUCCGCUUCCUUUAGGAAAAACAAGACGCAGAACGGAAAAUCCAGGAGCCUCCGAACCAGAGACGACAGCGACGAAGACGACGACUGACACGUCAGAACUUUAACAGCACAAUUAGACUUUUACACAAUAAUCUACAAAAAUCUUUCUAGGAACUUUUGGCCGCACCAUUCUGAUCUGUGAAGUGGUAAGAAAUCAUUUUUUUGGGGGGGUGAAAAAUUGGCCUUAAACAAAUAUGACAUCCAUGCUUUUUCUCUGCGCUGAAACCUUUGCAACACUUUCAGUCUUCAGGUUGGUUUGGUCUCAUUUGAACAGUACAGCAGACAUUCAGGUGUGACGGGUUUAUUCACGUGAACUAUGUUUCUUCCUGUUUGGAAAAUGCGGCUGAAACCAUUCAGAGCAAUUCAAUACCUUUUUUUGUAUCUGUAUUUUUUUACCUGUGUAAGUUAUGAAAAAGCCAGUGGAAACAUUGCAGUACUUGUUAGUUAAUGUGAAUGAGUGUCAUAUUUUAUAAGGUUGAAAAAUCUGUUCUAAAUAAAUGAUCAUAGUUAAUUUCA